GUACAGUUCUGAUGGUUGGCAAUGUCAAUGUCACUCGUUUACUUCAAUGCGAUAACUUGAACCUGAAUUUCAGCUUCGUGUCAAUUCUCAUGAUCUAGUUCUUCAUUCCGGAGUGGUUACAUAUGGCGAAACUUGCUAUGGCGCGGAUGCGCCUCGAUUCCAUGUGGAUGUUUUGGGUCGUACUUCUGCUCCGUCUCGUGUCCGGCGUGGAUGCGGACACGACAUACACAGCUCAAGAUAUAGAGCGGAUAUCGAAUAAUACCUUACUAUGGGGCCCAUACCGUCCCAACUUGUACUUUGGCACUCGGCCAAGAAUACCGAACAGCCUUCUAACCGGACUCUUGUUCACACGGGUGGAAGACUAUGCGUCCAUUCAGCACACUUUUCGUCAUACCUGCGAGCAGAAUGAGAACAUGGCUGGGUACGGAUGGGACAUUUUCGACCCACGGCUCGGAGGCAUCCAGACGAUUCGCGACACAGCCAACGGCAUAGACUUGACGACCUCGUUCAUAAAAGACACGGCAGCCGGUGAUAAGGGGGGCAAUUGGGGUGUCCGCAUCUCCGGGAAGCCGCGAGAAAAGGAGGAUGUCAAGACCACCGUCAUCUUCUACACGGCCCGCGAAGGGCUCGGUGGCCUUGAAGUAGAGACCGACGUACCGGCAGAAGGGGUGGAGGGUGAUGUUGUCAUGAAGGGCGAGAGCGGUGCGCUUGGAGACUUUACUAUCACGGUUACGGGCGACCCGGAAGACCGAAAGGGUAUCAAUAAGCAUCCGUUCCAUUCCCAUGUCACAGCGCAAGAGAAGCAUUUGGAUCGAACGUUUGUGAAUACACAGCAGUUGCAGCCGGACGCCUUGUGGCAAACAAAACCUAUAUUAUUCCAGCAUUUGAAGACCCAGAUUGAGGAAUUGAUUGAAAGGUACGGUAAGGACAACCCUCCACCACCGUAUCAGCUAUACACGAUCGCGAACAACGCCGGGGCUGGGAACCUGCAAUUCGUCCAGAAAGUAUUCGAAGGACCGUUCGAGUUUGACAUUCUGUUCAACUCCGGCAGCGCGCCCGAGCCGAUUACCUCGACGACCAUUUCGUCGAAGAUCGAGGAUCUCAAGAAGUCGUUCGCCGCGAAAUUCAAGGACGUCUUCAAGCCGUCCGCGCCCUUCACCGGCGCCAAGUACGAGGAAUUCGCCCAUUCGCUCUUUUCCAACCUCAUCGGCGGCCUCGGGUACUUCCACGGCGACUCCCUCGUCGACCGCUCCUACGCGCCCGAAUAUGAGGAGGAAAACGAAGGCUUCUGGGACGAGACUGCCGACGCGCGGUCGCGCGUGCAACCCGUGCUCGAGGGCCCGUCGGAGCUCUUCACCAGCAUCCCGUCGCGGCCGUUCUUCCCCCGUGGGUUCCUCUGGGACGAAGGCUUCCACCUGAUCCCGAUCCUGGACUGGGACGUCGACCUGACGCUGCAGAUCACGAAGAGCUGGUUCAACCUGAUGGACGACGACGGCUGGAUCGCGCGGGAGCAGAUCCUUGGCCCCGAGGCACGCAGCAAGGUACCGGCGGAGUUCCAGGUGCAAUACCCACACUACGCCAACCCCCCAACCCUCUUCCUCAUCAUCUCCUCCCUUGCCGACAAGCUCGACGCGCUGAAAUCCCACCCCCUCACCCCCCACACCGACAUCCAUACCGACCCCAGCGCUUACCUCCUCUCCACCCCCGGCGCCGUCGACGCCGCCCUCCGCGACCUCUACCCCCUCCUCACUAAGCACUACGCCUGGUUCCGCCGCACCCAGGCUGGCGACGUCAAGUCCUACGACCGCGACGCCUUCUCCACCAAGGAAGCCUACCGCUGGCGUGGCCGCACCACCACUCAUCUCCUCACCUCCGGCCUCGACGACUACCCGCGCGCCCAGCCACCACAUCCGGGCGAGCUGCACGUCGACGCGCUCAGCUGGGUGGGGCUAAUGGCCUCUUCCCUCGCGCGCAUCGCGACCUUCCUCUCCGAAGACGAUGACGCGGCGCGCUUCGCGAAACAUGAAGCCGCGAUCCGGCGCAACGUCGACGAUCUGCACUGGUCGGCAGAGCGGAAGAUGUACUGCGACGCGAGCAUCGACGACUACGAGGAGCACGUGCUGGUGUGCCACGCGGGGUACGUGUCGUUGUUUCCGUUCAUGGUGGGGUUGAUGGAUCCGGCAGGGGAGAAGAUGGGGGACGUGUUGGAUCUGAUCGCCAAUCCGGCGGAGUUGUGGAGCGAGCAUGGGAUUCGGAGUUUGGGGAAGGGGGAUGCGUUGUAUGGGACUGAGGAGGAUUAUUGGCGGAGUCCGGUGUGGUUGAACAUGAACUACCUGAUCGUUUCGAGGCUUUUGUCUCUCGCCCAAACCCCCGGACCCCACCAGUCCCGCGCCACGACCCUCUACGCCGCCCUCCGCCGCAACCUCGUGACCACGGUGUACACCUCCUGGAAAGAGACCGGGUUCGCGUGGGAGCAGUACCACCCGGAGACGGGGGCGGGCCAGCGGACGCAGCAUUUCACCGGGUGGACGAGCUUGGUGGUGAAGAUUUUGGGGAUGCCGGAGAUAGGAGGGGAAGGGAGGGAGAGGGAUGAGUUGUAGUAGGUGUGGAGGGAAUUAGGUGAUGGCGGAUGGUUGAUUGAUGGGGGUCAUACCCCGAGGUGUGGUGGACGGUCAUGUCCGCCAUCCGUUACUGUACCUGUACAUACUUCAUCACAUAUCAAAAACGCAUACCACAUCACACAUCUCACUCCCAAUCGCA